GUAGAAGUUUUUUUAAAACAUUAAUAAAAAUGUAAGAAAAAGGAAAUUGUUAGGAACAUCAUGAUUUGAAUGAAUAUGUUUGUGUGAAUCAACUUUGUGAAAAUAAUGGUGCUUUGCUUUGUUAAUUAUGUUUAAUAACUAAUCAACAUUAAACAUGUCAGGAGCUCAACUAAGUCAUACCUUUAGGUUAAUAUAUUACUAAAAUAUUAUCAUAAUCAGAUGAUAGAAUUCGAAAAGAACAGGUCUUACUAGAUAACUUAAAUAAAACAAAAAAUGAUUUAAUACAAUUCUAUGAAAAUGUUAGAGAGUAAUUAUAAAUAUGGAUUUUAGGGCAAUUAAUCAAAGCUAAAUCGAAUCCACAAUUAUUAAAUAAAAUGCUAUCUUAUUAGAAGAACUAAGGGUUCCAAUUAUAUUAAAAAAAAUCAAGGAAAAUAGUCUUUUUAGCUAUAAUUAUUUUUCUGAAAAUAUUGAAGUAGAAAGACAAUCAUCACAUAUGAUAAAGUUGAUUGCAGAUUUUAAUUAAUCCUUAAAUGAAAUGAAAAAUAAAAUAGGCCCGAAUUUAUAGAGAAGAUAGAAAAUUUUCUAAUAAAAUAACAUUACUCGACCUGAUGAUUCAAUUAAUUAAAACAACUUAGAAAAUACUAAUAAGAAAAUUAUAAAUAAGUUAAGGAAAGAACAUGAAAAAUUUAACAACUUCAAUGAAUCACAAAAAUUUGCAAACGAAAAACAAGCAAAUACAACGAAUUAACAAAAUCCUUAAAAAUAAUAUAUGAAAACUAAUAAUUAAGAAUCUAUAGUUGGAUUAUUAUUAAAAAAAUUGAGGGCUAAAUAAAAAAAUUCAAAUAGUUAUGUAUAAACAUCAAUAUAGAAUUUUUUUGUUACACCUCAAAAUCAAAACCUAAUAUAAUAAUAAUUAGAUUAACCCUUGAAAACACAUAAAAAAAAAGAAAAUGAAAAUGAUUAAUAACAAUGA